UUAAAAAAAUGUUUUAACGUGCUAAACCGGUUGGCUACCGGAAAAAAACGUAAAAAAAUCUAUAAACGUAUAGCAUAUUUCGAAAAGCCCGUAAAAAGCAUGCUUAGCGCGAUACGCCAAAGCAAUUACCGCAUUUUAAACGUACGUUGUGGUAAAAAAUACCAUUGCUUGCCCGAAAAGGAAAUAAAAAAACCUUUAAAUGGUACGGCGAACGGGCUUAAGCGUUCGGGUAACGGCAAAUGCAUAUCGGCGGUAUUUAAACCCAUUAAAGGGCGAAAAAAAAGCAUUUUAAAAUUAUUUAUUAA